AUGUUGUCCGUCACGCCUCUCGCGCUGUCGCUCGACCCGACUGAGGUCACGCCGGCUGCGUUAUUAGCCGUAUCCAACCACUAUUACACGGUGCUGGAGGCCUUUGACGAGCUGCGCCACGCGUAUACCCUUGCCCGCCAGCACAACGGACAGCUUCACGCCGCACCCACCGCCAUGCGAGAGGUCGCAGACCGCUUCGUGACCUUCGUCCAACGCAAGUACAACGCCAGCCAAGCCAAGUUAGACGACGCGAACUUCCGGGCUGCCGAUGCCAUUGCUUCGGUUCUCCGGAUCGAGCAUGAGCUGCUCCGAGAGACGUCAACCGAAGCUUACGACCGCCUUCAACAUUACGCUGCUCAGCUAGAGCGACGGAUUGAGGGCCGCUUGAUGGAUGGCGAGUUGGAUCGAUCCGUCCUCCAGAUCGCUCGAGACCUGAGUGAAGUUCGUCGCGAGAACGCGGAUCUUGCGCGCCACGCUGCUGAUCACCACAACCCAAUUCGCUCCGCUCAAGCUGCCCAAGCUUCAACCGUCGCCGAUCUCGCCGAAUCCCGUUCCCAGUGCGACGCACUCAAGUCUCGUCUCGGGGAUCUGUUGACGCAUGCCCAGAGAGUGGAGGAGUCCAACCAGCAGCUUCGGGAGGACCUACGCACGAUUUCGGGUGGGGAUUCGGCCGUCCACGGACUCCAUCUCGAGAUUCACGUCCGCGGCGAGCGGAUCCGCGAGCUGGAGGGUUUGCUUGAUCGCAUCUCUGCCCAUCGUGACCGGCUACAGCAAGACUUCGACGACGCCAACCGCCGUGCUGAGCGUGCGAACGGAGCUGUGGAACGGGCCAAUGCCGCGGCGGACCGCCAGCAAGCUGCGGUCCAGGAGUCACAUCGCCAGAAUGCGGCUACGCUGGAGCGGGUCCACGACGUAGAGGGGCAGUUGGACCAGCUUCGGCGCGAGCGGGAUCAGCAUGCUCGCGAGUACCAGACCGUCGCCACCAAUUUCCGUCGGUCCCAGGAGCGGCUCACACAGGCCAACGCGCGGAUCGACACCUUCGCACACCUCCGCAGCGAGAGGGACGCUCUUCGUGAGGAGUUGCGUGUGAGCAUAGCCGCUCCGAACAGUCUGCAGGCAGAGAAACAGGUCCUCCAGGGCGAGCUGAGGGCCUCGCGCGAGGCGCUUACCCCUGCCCGGCCCCCUGCGUCGACUCCUCCGCCUGCCACUACUUCUUCCGCCCCAGAUCCGGCCGAUCCCGCUCACGCUUCCUGUGUGCGUGGCUGCAGGGAGCUGCUUGUGCAGAUCGCCGACAUCCAGCAAGCGUACGGCCACCUUGCCGCGACUUCGACGGCCUGGAGGUGGACUUCGGCUCUCUGGAAGCCGAACAUGGAUCACACCUCCGCGCUGGAGCGUAUCGCGCAGGUGGCGGCUUUGGCCGUGUUGGUACCUCCUCGCGUCGCUGGGGUCCAAGUCCCGAGUGUUCCGUCUCCAACCGCCUGCGUUCCUUCUUCCUCCAAGCGAGCCCGUCUGCCCGCCAUCGAGCCUGGUCUCGUGGCCGCUCCGGCCGCGAAGCGUGUUCGUCCCGUGGAUCCGGCUGGUGACGAGGUGGAUGAUGAUUACGCCUGCUCCAACACGGGCACCGAGCCCAAUACUCUGACUCCGACGACCCAGGCUCGUUUCCGCUCCGACUUCCGCCGUCGCGACUCUAAGAGUUUGGCCAGAUCCGGUGUUUCCUCGGCUUCUGAGGGUUCUGCGGCCGCUCCGAUCGUCGUGGAGAAUGCAGACGCCGUGGAACUUUCAGGCGGCAUUGAUGAAGAUACCAGCACAGUGGAUCUCGACGAUUCCUCCACAGGAGUAUCCUUAUCUGCAGCGCUGCGCGGUGAGGGUCCUGGGACUGGGGGCCAGCUCACGGUGGGAUCUGCUACGACUGAUGGGGCCGCACACGCUGGGGUUGUUGCAACGUGCGGUUUCUACAGAGGAGGUCGACCCUUGGGAGCCGUCUCGGAUCGCCGUGUUAACCAUGACACCGCCACGCCCCGUGUGGUGAUCGACUAUCAAGUGCUGAGCGUGGGCUGGAUGUUUCCUGAGCGCGUUGGGCGGGGUGGCACUCUGGAUCGAGCGCUGUAUACACCCGAGUUGAUCUCGCGCGUCAAUGUGGAAGGCUUGUAUGCCGAAGAGCCUCGGCAGGCAUUGUCCACCAGGCCCGCCCCUCACACCUUCGAUUUGGAUGUUUCGCCUCAGCUGCUGAGUAUCGUGGAUGGUUACAUGGACUUCGAGAGCGACUGCUUGCAGGCGAUCUGGGAGUCCACCCAUCCUUUCCCCAUCCCGAAGGCGUUGAAGAGGUCCGAUCCCUGGUUUGCCUCGUUUUACACGAGCCGCAAGAACCGCAGCUCUCAUGUCCGGGAGAAGUACCGGGAUCGGCAGGAGCAGGGCUUCGAGAAGGCUCGGCGUACCGGUUGUUGCGAUCUGGAUCUUUGGCUGGAUCCCAUGUUCGCCCGCUUCCCCCAGCAGAGUGAGGACACCACGUGGUUCACUGGUGGAGAGGCCAUUGCAGCGGGGCGUGCGGCACCCGCAGAUCUGGUGGACGCUCUGGCCGACUGCGACCGCGCUGACCCAUGGCGUAACCACUUCCGCACCUCUGCCGGCUCGCACCCUGCACUCCGCAUUGACCGCCUUCGCCUAAAAUUCUCUCGUGCCUAG